UCGGGAGGGACAGGCAAGGCAGAGCACAGCAGCCCAAAGCAUGUCACAUGUGACGCCUCCGCCUUUCACUUUCCCCCAGUGCAAUGGCCCUGGGGGAGAUCCAUUGGGGGCCCCCCACCAAGCACAUUACAGGGGGUGUUUAAGUUUCCCAACCUGCCCUUGCACUUACCCUUCUCAGAUCCCUUGCUGCCUCCUAAGUUGUCAGCUUAAGGGACAAAGGGAGAGGAUUUGCUGCUCUCAGAGCCAGGGGGAGGGGAAGGGAGCCUGGGUGUCAGUACAGGCUGGCACCUCUGUGGUCCACCCUGCUUGGGUGGUCAAAACAUGGGGCCACACACUGUUCUCAGCUUCUCUUGGCAGCCACCCUGCUGGGCCGAGGCCCUGUGCAGACAGUGCUGUGUCAAGGGGAUUUCCCAGGAAGCCUCAGCACCUUCACAUUAGAACAAAGAGUCUGGGCAUCCGUCUGUCUUAGAUGGUCAAGACUUGGAGAUAUGAAUAAAAACAUAUAUGCAGCCAGAAACCUUACAAAGUAAGAUUUAUACUAGCUUGUAGCCAGUUGCCAGUGUUCAUAGGAAGGGCCUCAACAGUAAUAAUGAGAUGAAUAUUGGAGAGGUGGGUUACAGUAAGAGGCUUAGCACACAUUUUGUUUGCCUGUUUUUCUGUGUUGUUGUAUUUGAUCCCUAAAACGCUAAAACAAACGCCCUACCUUGUGUGCCUUCUGUGAGGUUCUCAACUGUCCUUGGUAACAGAUGUCCCCACUGCAGGGUGAAGGUGACAGUGUAACUGGAAGCUGAGAAUGGAGCUGGAUUCUAAAAUUAUAUCCCUUCUGAGAUUUACAAGUGUGCACACGUUCAUUCACUCAUGGCCCAAGAAGCCCUCAAUUCUAAUCCCACACGUGAAUUCCGCAGGAAAGGUCCCAGGCUCUCAUGGCUGGAUUAACCAGACCUGAGCACACAGGGCAGUAGAGGGACACAGGGAAGCUGCCCUCCUAUCAGCCAAGGAUCAGCUGAGCCCUGGGGCUGAUGCCUGCCCACAUUGCUGAGAAUGGCACGGAGGCCCAGUCUGGCAACAAAACAAAGGUUAAGCCGGGACACUCCUGCACAGUGACCCUGAUGCCUGUUCUGAGCUUCACACUCAAGGGUGUGAUAAAGAAAAGAGGCCAACAUUCGUGGAGCUGCUGGUUCUAGCCGCGACAGGCUCUCCCAGGGCUCUGGUUCCAGGGCUGAGCAAGGAGCCAGGUCUUUCAGUUGCCCCCAACCGUCUUGUGUGGACCAGCUGUGUUCUCUUGACACAACCCCUCGGACAAGGUCUGACCUUGCCUAGCAGGCUCCAGGGGGCACCAUGGCUUCUGCGGAGCCGCUCACGGCGCUGUCCCGCUGGUACCUGUACGCCAUCCACGGCUACUUCUGCGAGGUGAUGUUCACGGCCGCCUGGGAGUUCGUGGUGAACUUUAACUGGAAGUUCCCGGGCGUCACGAGCGUGUGGGCCCUCUUCAUCUACGGCACCUCCAUCCUCAUCGUGGAGCGCAUGUACCUGCGCCUGCGGCGCCGCUGCCCGCUGCUGCUGCGCUGCCUCAUCUACACGCUCUGGACCUACCUGUGGGAGUUCACCACGGGCUUCAUCCUGCGCCAGUUCAACGCCUGCCCCUGGGACUACUCCCAGUUCGACUUUGACUUCAUGGGCCUCAUCACCCUGGAGUACGCCGUGCCCUGGUUCUGUGGGGCCCUCAUCAUGGAGCAGUUCAUCAUCCGAAACACCCUCCGCCUCCGCUUUGACAAGGAUGCCGAGCCUGGGGAGCCCGGGGGGCCGCCAGCCCUGGCCAACGGCCACGUCAAGACUGACUGACUGUCCGGGAACAAGUGGGAGGGCUUGGGGGAGGUCUCUUAUGGAACCCAAGUACAAAGAGACCAAGCUGUCAGGGUUACCCCUUCUGUUCAGCACAAGCCCCUCCCGGAGCUGGGCCUUUAGCUCGUAGGGCACACACAGCCCCAUACCCUCCAGGGUGGGAUAGUGUUAGGAGGUGGGGUGUCUAGGCAACAGAAGGACAUUGGUAAGGUACAUGGAUCUUGGCCCCAGUCUAGGGGCUGGUGGCAGGAGGCUUCUGGAUGGGCAACAGUUGGACUACACGGUCGGCUUUUUUGGAAGAAGCAGGAUCUAUCCUGGCUAAGGGUCAUUGAGAAUGGGGCAGCGGGUGGGAGGCAAGCUCUGAGGAGGCUUUGGGCUACUGCUGCGGUCACCUUCCUCCCACUUGCCUGGAUUUAUUUGGGCUUUGGCUGGUUCCAUUAGGCAAUAUUCAGGUGCUUGCUUGCAACCAAUACCUCCCUGGGGGCCUGCUGAGCUGCAGCCUAAGAGAGACUGAGCAGCCAGGAGGCUGCUUGGCUACCAUGCUAGUCUGCAAGGGCUGGGAAACCUUUCCCUGGCUCCUCUCCCCUCCCCCAGGGUCCUGCUCUGCUCCCUUGGCCUUCUGGGGGCCCCCGUGGUGCUGGAUUCCCACCAACCUUGGGCUUUGGGAGGUUUCAAUCCCUGUGUGUUCGGUGGUGUUUCCCCUUUUCUUUCUUUUUUUUUUAAAGCCUUUAUCACUAGUGCCCCUUUUAUCCAUGUCAGCCACCUGCCCCAUUCCCAACUUCCUAACCAACACAGCAGUGGCCAGAGGUAGAACCCUGACAUAGACUUCAUCUGCCUUCUCCGGUCUUGCAUCCACUGCUCUCACUGGCCUGAUGACUGGGGAGGCCCAGUCACCAGUUCUGCCUCCCUGGUUAUUGUCUGAUGAGCAGUGUCCCCCUCCCUGCAGGCGCCCUGCUGAAAAUGAAUUGUGUCCCCCAGAAUACAGUUGAGCCCAGAGGGGCCUUGUGUAUCCACAUUGGAACCUAGAGGCAAAUUAGCUGAAUGGGGAGUGGCGGAGGCUGAGCUCUAGGUCCUGUUUGCUGUCACUGGCUUAUGUUCUAGGCAGUCUAGCUUUCUGGGGGGCGGACGAGCAGGUAUCCAGUGUUGGAGACCCAUGGAGAAUGAGGAAGGAAAAAAGGACUGUGGAAGGCUCUCUGGAGCCUCUUUCAUGGGUCAGGACUAGCUCUGGUUCUACUGUGGCCCCAGCUCUGCAGCUAAACCUCAGGGCUGCCCCCGCCUCCAGCAAGGCUGACCCUUUGAACUUGCUCCUCACAGUGUUAACCCUGCUGUGCUCGUGGGCAUCGUCAUCUUGAUUCUCUCUCUUUUCCCCUGCAACAGGUCCAUUGCUGGCAGUGGACGGGUGAAAUCCUCACUCCAGGCCUCUCUGACUCUGUCUGCCUACACUCUGAGGAGAGGGGUCCAUCAAAAACCAAACCAUUCCAUGGGACAUGGUUUCAUCUUGACCACUAGGACCGAAGUAGAAAUUAUCCUUCCCCUUCUUAUAGACCAUUAAAAAGUGGCUACCACCUGGGGAGAGAAAUUCCUCUUCGUGGCUGUUCCCCUGGACUGUGCAGACAGCAGGGGUGUCCUGGGCUGGGAGAUAGUCUGGUAGCCUUUGUCUGAGUUUGUCCUGUCCAGGGCAGGAUGUAAGGUGUUUCCAUGUCUGUUUCCUGUGCUGGCUCGUCAAAUUGAGAACUGCAUCCUGUGGGUGAUGGUCCUAUUAUUGUGGCCCUAAUUCUAGGAUUUUGGGGGUUACAGGGAGUCAGAUUUCCAGUGGGGGUGUAUUGCUGUCCAUAUACAGAUGGUUCCUUAUUGCCGGACACUCAUUUUCUUGGUCCCCCCAAUUCUGUGGUGUCUCAUUCUCCUGCACCCUAAAGACCCUCCAGCCACCACCUUUACAUUCCCCUUGUACAACUGAAUUCAGUGGCCAGAGACCUCAGGGUCUCCCAGCACAAGCCCUCCCUACUUGUCAGCUAGAGCAAGCCCUUAGAUGGCCUGCCAGGUCUCACCACUCCAUAUGUUGCCUUGUGGGCAUUCCUUGGUCCCAUUUUCUCUCCUGGUCCUAUAAAUAUCAAAUGCAGGAGUUCCCGGAGUGAGCAUGCAUCCCUGGCACCAUUCUGUAUUGUGGGCCUAGGUGUCCCAUUGCUCCUAUGUCCUCUUAUAGGGCACCGAGCCCCCAAGAAGAGAAGGCUACAACCCUCAGCCUGACCACAUAAUCUGCAAGGUUCAGAUCUCACCAGGAAUAGUAGAAGCACCAUUGCUUUUUGUGGGGGCAGGUAUCUUCAGGUGUCCAAUCCUUUAGUGCUCAGGGCCUUAAAGUUUGGGGUAAUCCUAGCCCUGCCAAGCAGCGAGGGUGCUGGUGGAGAGAGUCUGCUUGCUCUUUAGGAACCUCUGGUGUCCUGGGCCAUUCCAGACUGUGGCACCGUCUCUCAAGUUAGAUUGCAGAUGUGCUGCUUCUCACAGUUGAGCUGCUUUGAAUGUCUGCUAGGUUUCCUGUGCUGUCCUUCCUCAGUGCCAGUGAGUCACAAUGGCCUAUGCUUAUUCAUAGCAAUAAUAUUUAGAGGGUGCCCAUGAAGCCCUUUUGUCCUGGUCCCUCGCUCUGCAUGGGUCUCCUGGUGAGGCAGCUGCUGAGUGGGUCAGCUCGUGUGACAGCCUGUGCUUAGGAAACUCUUCACUGCAGAACACACACCAGGGGAGACAGGCUGGGGAGAGGCCUAGUCCUUGAGCUCUGGCUAAGGCAGGGAGAAUGCCUUCCCCCCUGAGGCCACCCAGACUCUGAGGAGCUGCAAAAAGGGGCUGUUGAAGUGGUUGAGACCGUCUUCCCAUUGGGCAGCUCCUGAGAAAGUCACAUAAAACUGGUUUGUGUGCCCAUUGCCUGCUGUGUCUCCGUUGGUCUCUGUCUUUUCCUUUUCAUAUCUAAAAUCAAAAUAUACUGGUGUUUGUGUUCCA